CUUGUUAUUAUGGCGGCCUUCAUGGCGGUGCUGUACGUUGCUGCGCGAUAGAGACGAAACAUUUAUUUCAUUUUUAUUGCCUCCGCGCUGCCGUGUCGCUAUGCCAAAAGUAGUGUCGAGAAGCAUCGUUUGUUCUGAUACAAAAGAUCAAGAAGAAUACAAUGAAGAGAAGCCGCUUAACGUUUAUUACUGCAUCUGCGGUAGUAUGGCCAUGAUUCUUGACUGUGCUAUCGAGAAGUUGCCCCUGCGUCCCAGGGACGGAGCCAGGGUCAUUGAUGGUGCCAAGCAUGCUCACAAGCUGUCGUUCAGUCCUGACGAAGUGGUGCAUAUCAAAAGGCCAGAAGGAAUUGAGAGACAGCACCGGAAAAAAUGCCGAAAAUGUGACCUGCUGCUCUUCUACCAGCAUGACCCAUCGAGCAAUGUUACCUUUGUGGUCAAGGGUGCUGUGUACCGGGCAGGAGAGGGGCCCCUCAAGGCUGGUGUGCUUCUGCAGGCAGCUGUGGAACCCAAGAAGAUCAUGGUGACCAAGCACACCAAGAACAUGGGCAAGUUCAGUUCCGUCACUGUCUCGACCAUCGAUGAGGAGGAAGAGGAGAUUGAAGCGAGAGAAGUGGCCGACUCCUAUGCCAACAAUGCCCGCAUCAUCGAGAAGCAACUUGAACGCAAAGGCAUGAAUAAGCGCAAGUUGAUUGAACAGGUUUCUCAAGGGGAGCAAGAUGUCAAAAAAAAAUUGGUCAGGGGUACUCUUAUUGAUAAGUGACGACUGAUCAGUGUGCGCUGCUUUCUGUGUGCACCAGUCGCAUCUCUUGUAAAUAAAAUAUUUUGCAGUGUA